AUGCCUGCUACCGCAAAGCACCUCGCGUUUGUUGCUCAGCGACCUCUGCUGCCUCUCGAACAUGCAAACCCCCACAUUAGACACGUUGAUCCCGCUAAACCCCCGCCUGUGAAGUUCCAGGAGAUCGUACGUGAUGGACAGGCUACUAUCGUCGGUAGAUUGAAGAUCCAGACGCCCAACGGACAUGCCUUUAUCCUUCGCCGCCUCGACACUGGAGCCGUCAGCCUCACGACCAUGUUUCGCGCCGCGUUUCCUAACGCCAGUGAGGAGGCGGAACGCACCGAAGCCGCCUGGGUCAAGACCAACUACGAUAUCAGCGGCGCAAACAAGGCCGGCCGCUCGCGCUUCGCCGGGACCUGGGUUAAUCCUGAGGUCGCCGUGCAGCUCGCUGAGGAGUACGGCCUCAGCACUGUCAUCCCUAUCCUCGCGAAGGCGGAGCCCGAUCCCAACAUUGUCUAUCGCCGCUCCAGCCGUGCGCAGGCGGCCACACCGACGGGCGCAUCACCCGCUCCCAGAGGCAACGGCGCGACGCCGACUGCCAAGGAGCCGGGUCCUGGGCCGACCAAGCGUCGUCGGGAAGCGUCGCCCGCGCCCGCCGCGACUCCGGCUCAGAAGCCUGCUGAGGUCGUCCCCGCUCAUGCGCCCACGCCGCCCCCGUCUACCCAGCGCAACGCGCCGGCCGCAGCGCCCACACCUACGCCCCGGCGUUCGGCCCGGUUGAAGAGCCCAGCACCAUCUGCGGCGCAGCUCCCCGUCCCGCCAAGGACGCCGCGGAGCGUGCGCACGCCGAAGGUGGACGCCCCGACCCCGACUGGGUCGGAUGAAACGGCCGUCGACGAAGAUGCGGACGCGCCGACAAGUGAGAUGCUUGCGGAAGAGACAAUGCACGACGAUAUACGCGAGCAGAAGGAGCUCAUCGCGAAGCUCAAAGCACAGAGGGAGUUGCGGCAGGCGUCAGUGGCAAACAAUGAAGAAGGUAGUGUUGAGGACGAGGCAGAGGAGCAGUUGCCUGUGGAGCCAUCGACCGCUCAGAAGCGCCCGCGUGAGGAAGAAGCGCCACUCAAGUUCGACUUCAAGGAGCCAACCGAGGAGGUUGGGGAGCGUGCCAUCGUGACCAACUCGCGCGUCAGCAAGCCGCAGCGCAAGUCUCUCGCGUGGGGCGCUUUGGCGUUUGCUGCCGGUGUGGGUGCCAUGACUCUGCUACCCAACCUGCAAGGUUACCUGCCAUUCUGA